UGUGAAUCAGGAUUACGCGAUGCUCCUUUACGCAGUGUGUAGUUUAAUGGUUCCGCUUUACGUUGAGAGUGGUAAAGUUUUAAUAUUACCAGCAGAGUACAGUCACUGGCACAACAUGCGGACGAUAGUGGAUGAGCUGGCAGAAAGAAACCACAACAUCACAGUGUUGGUCAGCUCAUCUUCUCCCUCUGUGAAGUCAUUUCAGAGCGAGCGCGUAAACUUCAAGAUUUAUCAAGUGCCUUUGGGGAAAGAUGAAGUGAACGACAUGUGGGAAGAAUUUACUGAUCUGUGGAUGCACCAGGCCUGGACUGCUUCUAAAAUACAAAUGCUUUUUAGAACCAUUGCUGUAAUGGACCGCGUCACUUCUCAUAAUGUCAUGAUAUGUGAUGGAUUUUUGCGCAACGAGGAGGUUAUUGACACACUGAAACGGUCACAUUUCGACGUCAUACUGAGUGAUCCUAUGAUGCCUUGUAGUGAUGUCUUGGCAGAAAUAUUGGCUGUACCGUUCGUAUUAUCGUUGAGGUUUACGUUUGGUUAUUCUUUUGAGAGGGAAUGUGGCCAACUGUCAACACCUCCGUCAUAUGUACCUUCUGUGCCCGCUCCGACUCGGUUCGCAUUCACAGACCGCAUGGACUUUGUGGAGAGGUUGCAGAAUUUUGUGAUGUACGGAAUUCAUACUGCCGUGUUCUAUUUCCACACCAAGCUGACCAUAAAUAAAUACCUCAGUGAAAUCAGAGGUAAACCAACAGAGCUUUGUGAUGUCCUCAACAAAGCUGACAUUUGGUUGAUCAGAACCUAUUGGGAUGUGGAGUACCCCCGACCAUUACUCCCCAAUUUCAAAUUCGUUGGAGGCCUGCAUUGCAAACCAGCAAAAUCUCUCCCAGAAGACAUGGAGGAGUUUGUCCAAAGUUCUGGGGAUGCUGGCAUUGUGGUGUUCUCACUGGGAUCCAUGAUCAAGAACCUCACCAUGGAGAGGGCCAAUGCCAUCGCCUCUGCACUUGGGCAAAUACCACAAAAGGUCCUAUGGAGGUACUGUGGAGUGAAGCCAGAGACAUUGGCCCCCAAUACAAGACUUUAUGAUUGGCUGCCACAGAAUGAUCUUCUUGGUCAUCCAAAGACCAAAGCCUUCAUCACCCACGGUGGCACCAAUGGCCUCUACGAGGCUAUCUACCAUGGAGUGCCCAUGGUCGGGAUUCCUUUCUUCGCUGACCAGCCUAACAAUAUGAACCACAUGUCAAAGCAAGGGGCAGCUCUCAGCCUGGAUUUCAACAGUAUGGAGAGUAAAGAUCUAGUGGAUGCCCUCAACACAGUCAUCAACGUCCCAUCGUACAAGGAGAACAUCAUGAGGCUGUCCAGGAUUCAGCACGACCAACCAAUGAGGCCACUGGAUGAGGCGGUGUUCUGGAUCGAGUUUGUCAUGCGCAACAAGGGUGCCAAGCACUUACGUGUGCAGUCCCACAACCUCAGCUGGUACCAGUACCACUGCCUGGACGUCUUUGCUUUUCUGCUGGCCAUAGUAGGACUGUUCAGUGUUGUCAUGGUCAAGUCAUGUUGUUUCUGCCUCAGGAGGUGUUGUGGGAAAAGUGCCAUGAAAAGGAAAAAGGAAUGAAAUUGUUUCUAUUGAAUUUCAGUUUGAUAAGAGCUAUGCACUGUGUGUGCGUAUAUACGUAUACCUCAAUGUUGGAUGGCCUCCAACAGUCUUGUCAAUCAUGCCAAUUAAGGGGUACAAGGGCCUGUAUUUUUAUAUUACAUAAUUUAAUUCACAUUUUUUAAAUUUUAGGUGUGUCUGUAUGAUAUGUUUUUGUUUUUAUCCUGGUGCAAGAAGUCUGACCUAUUUCAAACACAAAAAAAGACCAAAGAAAAGAGUUUAGAAGGCCACAGUCAUCCUCUACGACAGUUGUAAUGGGAGAAACCAUUCAGACUUACUAGUUACACACAUCUUAACAUUGUACUUGACAAUAAGCUGAAAAAGGACAUAUGGACUGAUUUACUGCAUACCAAGACACAACAAAGAAUGUACUUUGUAUCCCCAUAAUGCCCGGCGUACAACCAGUAGCACACUGUGAUCGUCAUUGAAAGGUUAAUUACCAUAUACUCUGACAACACAGGGCCUUUAGUAAUGCGCUAUGACUCAGUCAUUGCCAUUCUGGUAACAGCAAAUUUAUAACGCAGUGUUUUAACGGGUUUAAGAAAUUGCAUGUUUUUCAAAGUGCACUGUGUAAUAUUUUUAGUAGUUCAUUUCCAGAAUUCACGCCCUCCAUUCAUAAAUGUUACCUUUAAAAAAUACUUACCACCACCAUUAAAUUCUAAGUAUUCAUUAUGACUGGGAAAAUUACAUUUUACAUACAUGAAAAGGGUCUCUUUUCAAUUGAGAAAUGGGCAUUUUCAGCUGCUAAACUUACUGUCCUUUGGUCACACUAGUUUAUUGGUUUACUAUUCAUGAAAAGAUCAAAUUUGGUUAUAGGCAGCAUAGUUUCAAUGAGCAGCAUAUUUGCAAUACCUACUCUGGCCAUUAUCUUACACGGUGCACCUUUACACGUAAUAAUGCAUAUUGCUAAUAAAGUCUACUUAUCCAGGCUUGCUGAAUCUGAGUCCUCUUGGAGAAAAGCUGCAUUGUAACUACGUUUCAGUAUUCCAGCUAGAACUAUAAAACUAUAGCCUAGUCCCAUGAGUUUUGUUUCCAAAUCAUUGUAUUGCACCAUAUCUAUUCUGUAGAAUACUGCAGUAAA